AUUUCAGUACCAAAAGCGGUAACCCCGAGCUACACUCGGGCUUACCCUGCGGCACUGCUCUGGCAUGUGUUCUUCACUUACCUUACCCUGCGCUCCCACGAUGUGUCCCCUGCAGCGUCCCCGGCCAUCUCCUCCGGCCGAUUCCGGCAUCCGGCUUCUGUGUCCUGUCCCUGUGACGUCGGGACGUACGGGGCGCCGCCGCCCGCCGGCGGCAGGAAAUUUUAAAAUUUUAAAAAAUGUCAUUUUUUUUUUUUUACAUUUUUACAUAUGCUUUGUCCUGCGCCCUGCCUGCAUUUUGUCUGUUCUUUCU